CCUGCACACCCAUCGUCAGUCGCGCAGUGCUCGUCGACCUUCAUCCGUUCAUCGUCAGCUCCCUCCUCGACAAUUAAACUCAAACGCAAUGGCACCAAGCAGGAAAUUCUUCGUCGGUGGCAACUGGAAGCUGAAUGGCGACAAGGCGAGCCUGGGCGCGCUGGCCGAGUCCAUGAACAAGGCUCCCCUCGACCCCAACACCGAGAUCGUUUGCGGUGCCCCCGCCAUCUAUAUCGACUUUGCACGCCAAAAGUUGGACCCCAAGAUCGGCGUGGCUGCACAGAACUGCUACAAGUUGGCCAAGGGGGCCUUCACUGGCGAGAUCAGCCCGGCUAUGAUCAAGGACUGUGGUGCUCACUGGGUCAUCCUGGGCCACUCGGAGCGCCGCCACGUGUUCGGGGAGACCGAUGAGCUCAUCGGCCAGAAGGUGGCGCACGCCCUGAGCGAGGGCCUGGGCGUCAUCGCCUGCAUCGGAGAGAAGCUCGACGAGAGGGAGGCCGGCGUCACCGAGAAGGUCGUCUUCGAUCAGACCAAGCACAUCGCAGACAACGUGAAGGACUGGAGCAAGGUGGUGUUGGCAUACGAGCCGGUGUGGGCCAUCGGCACUGGCAAGACCGCUUCGCCCCAGCAGGCCCAGGAAGUUCACGAGAAGCUGCGCCAUUGGCUCAAGAAGCACGUGUCCGAGGCUGUCGCCAACUCAACCCGCAUCAUCUAUGGAGGCUCCGUGACGGCAUCGAAUUGCAAGGAACUGGCGGGCAUGGCUGACCUGGAUGGGUUCCUGGUGGGAGGUGCUUCCCUCAAGCCCGAGUUCAUCGACAUCAUCAACGCCAAGAAGUGAAGCGGGCCCGGAGAGAGGCUCGCAUGCCCAAAAUGUACACAGCCCAGAGGAACUCAAUCCAUCUGUACCCUGUACUAAACCAUGCUGGCAACGAU